GGAAGCAUACUACCUCGGUAGUUGUCCACUGUGAAGAGAUCAAGCUCAGCAGCAGCAGCGUCGUUGACGCAGCUCGGUCGGGUUGAAAGAGGUGGUGAUCUUCCCAACAGAUAGUACGCCGUACCCCUCUCGGCCGGAUUAGUCUGAGCACUGCUAUUCGGCGAGGACCGACGAUACGAGCAAACCAACAAGGCUUGGAGCUGUCGGUUUGGACCAGUUGCGAAGAACCCUAGACACCACCGUCAUUUCAUGAUGUCGACGAAGAAGAAGCAGGCAACCUUGAGCGCUUCAGGCGGCUUUUGAAACCCCAUUUCUUCGUCUCCCUCUACCCACUUCGUUCUGACAAACAGACCCAUUUUGGAUGAGAACUUCUUCUGCUUGGAUUCAUGCGAGAGGCGAGGUUUCUCGCGCGCGCGUACUGAAGCACACUGCAAGUCAGCUUGAUUAGCGCCUGGACUUCCUGACAGGGGCUGCUCAAAGUAUGUAUCUCUCCACAGCACUUUGGCUGGAGAGUGACAUGCCCAGUGUGUCAGUGUCUGGAAAGCAGCGGCCGCCGACGGGUGAUUGUGGGGAUUCGAAGCCCCAGAACCCCGCCGGCCCCCAUUUUUGUGCUUUUCACCAAGCAUUCCUUGUCAUUUGUCACGCCAACCGGCAGCCGAGCUUGCAAGCCAGGGUCGCAUCUCAGCCCCUCCAUCUGCGGCGCUGCCUUGCAUUACUCCUUUCUCCAUCAAAGGACGGUUGCGGACGCCUUAAAUACCAGACUCACAUCGGGCUUCGAAGCCAGACGUUUCUGGGCUGCCUCCUCCUUCUACCCUUCUACUCCCUCCUCCACUCUUGGUCCCUUGGAUCCCUCUGCCCCGCUACCUACCUGACCUCCCCGGUUCGGCCCCUUUCCGUCGCAAACUGUCGUUCCUCAGCUCGAAACUUGCUCUCCCACUGCUUCCUUCCCAUCCCGUCCCACACUCGGCCUCCCGUCUUUUGUGUGUUGCCUGACUGGCUUUGUCCGUGCCUAUCGAUAGCUGCUUACCUGCCCCUCCUUUUUUUUGGGUCCCUCCCCGCAUCGUUGAGCUCCAUCGCCUUUCCCGCCAGCAUUUCCCCAGACCGUUCAGGCAUAAAUAUCCAUCAUGGGCGAUCUCCAGGGCCGUAAGGUGUUCAAGGUGUUCAACCAGGACUUCAUCGUCGAUGAAAGAUACACCGUGACCAAGGAGCUUGGUCAGGGCGCAUACGGCAUUGUCUGUGCCGCGGUGAACAACCAGACCAACGAGGGUGUUGCCAUCAAGAAGGUCACCAAUGUGUUCAGCAAGAAGAUUUUGGCCAAGCGCGCCCUGCGCGAGAUCAAGCUCCUGCAGCACUUCAGGGGUCACCGAAAUAUCACCUGCUUGUAUGAUAUGGAUAUUCCCAGACCAGACAGCUUCAACGAGACAUAUCUUUAUGAGGAGUUGAUGGAGUGCGAUCUUGCCGCCAUCAUUCGUUCCGGCCAGCCUCUUACCGACGCCCAUUUCCAGUCUUUCAUUUACCAAAUCCUCUGCGGUCUGAAAUACAUUCACUCAGCCAACGUUCUCCAUCGCGAUCUCAAGCCAGGAAACUUGCUUGUCAACGCCGACUGCGAACUGAAGAUUUGCGAUUUCGGUCUGGCGCGUGGCUUCUCGGUUGAUCCCGAGGAAAAUGCCGGGUACAUGACUGAGUAUGUCGCGACGAGAUGGUACCGCGCGCCCGAAAUCAUGUUGAGCUUCCAGAAUUACACCAAAGCUAUUGACGUAUGGUCUGUCGGCUGCAUUCUCGCUGAGCUCCUUGGCGGUCGCCCCUUUUUCAAGGGUCGCGAUUACGUCGACCAGCUGAACCAAAUUCUCCACAUUCUUGGUACCCCUAAUGAGGAAACUUUGUCCCGCAUCGGUUCCCCUAGGGCCCAGGAAUACGUGCGGAAUCUUCCUUUCAUGGCCAAGAAGUCAUUCCCUUCGCUCUUCCCUAACGCCAACCCGGACGCUCUUGACCUCUUGGACCGUAUGCUUGCUUUCGACCCCUCUCGCCGCAUCAGUGUCGAGGAGGCCCUCGAACACCCCUAUCUUGCCAUCUGGCACGACGCUAGUGACGAGCCCGACUGCCCAACCACUUUCAACUUUGACUUCGAGGUCGUCGAUGAUGUCAAUGAAAUGCGCAAGAUGAUCCUCAGCGAGGUUGUCAACUUCAGAGCCCAAGUCCGCACUGUCCCUGGCCAGGCGGGCUCUGCCGGUAACAUCCAACAGGCGCCAUCAAACGUCCCCAUUCCUGCAGGUGGACCCGGCCAGCAGUGGACAGCCGAGGACCCAAGACCGAUGGAGUACGGUAACCAAAUGCAGGGUCUCGAGGCUGAGCUCGGAGGCAGAUAGGAGGCUGUCUCUGAUGUUUUAAGCACCGAGGGCGAGGAUUGGGUGGUUAUACCGCCCUUUGAUCUUGCCAAUGAUGGUGGCCCGUGGGUGGCACUGCAUCCGACUGAUAUGGUAACGGACAUACAUGAAAGGACACUGGAGUCGAAAGACAUGCCGACCUUUCAUUAUGAUGGAACGAGGAUACAGGCCCCUGCUAAGCACAAGGCAGAGCUCCCUGUCCCUGACCACCUGGUACGAGAGAGGGCGUGGGAAAAGGAGAAGUGGAGGGCCUAUAAGCAGCAUCGCAAGGCUGUUGAAACGCUCAUGAUCAAAUGUGGGUGCAGAAAAGCGCAAGGGUGUCAUCAUUUGGAAGCAGCGGUCAGAUCUUAUACUCGGUAUGAGAAGGUGAGCUACCGUGGUGGCUCUACUCGAUAACUCUGUCCAAGGAAGCGGACAUGUUUAUCUCGACAAGCUAAGCGAUUCAUGUGAUAGCGCGGAUUCUUUGUUUUAGUUAUCUUUUUGUUUUGAUCGCCGUAUGUUGGAUGGAAGACGGAAGAGGGGGGGGGGGUUCUUGAAUACCUACAGAACAAGACAAGACCAGCGAGCGAGCUGGAGUUAUAGUUUCUCAUUUUAAAAUGAAGAGGGUUUAAUAAAGCACUAACGAGGGUUGACUGAUGAGAAUGUGUGCCCUGCCUCGAGACAAAAGUCUUGUGUGGCCAUUGGGAACCUGAACAAUGUUGUCGGGAUGAAGCAGUCGUCAUCGUCUAACAUCUGGACCGUCUACAAGCAAACAAAACCAGAUUUGUGCGAGGUAGCACAUUGUCACGACUCCCAUCCAUUUCAGUAACAUAUCAACACGCAAACAUCAAAUCACAGAAGCACCAAGUCAUGGUAGUAAAAUCCCCAAAGAGCCUGAAUUAAAUAUUCG